GUGUCAUUUGACUUCACGUGACAGGCAUAUCAACAAAUCCCUGAACAGUUUCCUACCAGAACUUCCCCAAAAACCAAAUAUAUGUCCACAACGUACUGAAGGAGACGCCAGUACUGGUAGGCUGGAGCUGAAAUACACAUUCACUUCAUAGUUUUGGACGGUACCUAGUCAUGUCAGCUAUGGCUCCUGCUGCUCUGGAAAAGCUGACAGGGCUGGUUGCAGCCACAUUUACUCCCUUCACCACUCAGGGUGAAAUCAACCUAUCAAAGAUUGGACCUUAUAUUGACUACUUGACAGAGAAGCAAGGUAUAAAUAGCAUAUUUGUGAAUGGCACCACCGGAGAGAGCAUGUCUCUCAGCAUCGCAGAGAGAAAGCUCCUGGCAGAGGAGUGGUGUAAUAAAGCCAAGGGCAAACUGGAUCAGGUGAUUGUGCAUGUGGGCUGCAUGAGCCUUAAAGAUUCCCAAGAACUGGCUAGACAUGCAGCAGAGAUUGGGGCUGAUGCAAUAGCAGCAAUUGCCCCCUCCUUCUUCAAGCCCAGCACUGCAGAUGUGUUGAAGAAGUUCCUCCAGGAAGUGGCUUUAGUUGCCCCAACUCUUCCCUUCUAUUAUUAUCAUAUCCCAGCUGUCACAGGUGUUAACGUGCUGGCGAGAGAUGUGUUGGAAGAUAUUGAGAAGCUCAUUCCCUCCUUCAGAGGUGUGAAGUUCAGUGGGAGUGACCUGAUGGACUUUGGCCAGUGUGUCAACUACUGUCAGCCUGACUGGUCAGUCCUCUACGGCAUGGACGAGCAACUGCUUGCAGCUCUGGCUAUGGGAGGCCAGGGAGCAGUUGGCAGCACAUAUAACUACGCAGGAUGUCAUGUCAACAAGCUCAUCUUAGCAUUUGAGAAAGGCGACCUUGUCCAAGCCAGGACAAUACAGUUCAAGAUGCAAGAGCUCCUCAGUUAUGCCACGAAACUUGGCUUUGAUCUGGGCGUCAACAAACAGCUGAUGAACGAGUUGUCAGGCUUGGGUCUGGGUUCCCCUCGACUGCCAGUGAUGCCAUGUCCUCAUGCUAAGGCUCUGUCCAUUGCACAGAAGUAUUACAGCAUUUUUCAUAAGCAGUAAGAUUUUCUCAAAAUCAACAUUUAGUGCCUUAGACGCACAUUGACUGUGAUGGAUCCAAUUACUGUAUGUGCAUUAUCUUAUGCUACGAAUUAUAAAUUAAACAUUUACACUUUGCAUCAAAUCGUUAAAUAGGACAGGAAUAAACCAAAUUGUAUUUUUCCCAAAUAAAUGCUUCAUUUGCAUUAAAAUGGCCUUCUUCAAAUAGUUCCGGGUGCACAGUCAGAACACAAUUUAGGGUUAGAUAAACUGGAAACUAGAUCCUAAAUCAUUUUUAAAUUAUACAGCAGUUUAAUUUUAGAAUGUCCUGGAACUUCACACUACAUUUUACUGUGGAGAUUUAAACACAUUCAAGUAGAAUAGGCUAUGAACUUUUACACUAUAUAAAUUGAAAAGGAAACUAAACAAAUGUAAAAACUAAAAUGCUGGCAUACCAACUGAAAAAACUACCAAUUACUACUUUAAGGGAUAGCAGUGCUACUAUCAUAAAGGAACAUUAGGUUAUUAAUGAUAUCUUAAGAAGUUUUUUUUUUCAUCGCUGUAUAGGUCUGAAUACAAGAUAGACACUUUUUUUAAUGAAUCUACCUUUGCCAAAGUUAAAUGAACAAGAAAAAGAAAUACUUGAGGCCCUCCAUCUCUGAGGUAGAACACUAUUAAAUGCUUGUCAAAUGGUAAAUCACCAGGAUUUUCUAAGUGCUGGUUUAUAUAAUGACAUUUUACAGAAGCAAUCUAUGCCAACCUGGGAAAUUUGGAUUUGGAUGAUUACCUUUUUGAAAAAAUACUAGCAAAACGUUGAGAGAAAGUUGUAUCCAGUCUAAUUCACUCAGGUAGGCUUUAUACGUCUUAUCUAACAAUAUGAGGAGGCUUCUACAAAUGAUACAAAUGGCCAGCUCUCUCUGACAUCCAGUGGCAGCAAUAUCACUGGGUGUGGAGAAAGCAUUUGACAGAAUAGAGGGGCCAUACCUGCUUUAUGCUCUUUCCAGUUAUGGUUUUGGUCCAAGGUGCUUACAGUGGAUCGGAGCAUUGUAUCAUGAGCCUCAUCAGUGAGGAGCAAUAUCCUAGUUUCAACUCCUUUUCAUCUUUUCUGCUCCACCAGACAGAGCCGCCCCUUGUCUUCAUUAUUGUUUAUAUUAGCUUUAAACCAGUAGCUGGUGCAAUCCGUAGGGAUAGGGAAAUUACAGCCGUUCUAAAAGUUAGUCAUGACUUUAAAUUAAAUAUGUAUACAGAUGAUAUUUUGUUGACCUUGUCCAAUCUAUCAUACUCUAUACCAAAAGCAAUUGGCAGUCUCUCAGGCUAUAAAAUAAAUUGGACCACUACCCUACUAUACCCUUAAAUCACUGUACAUACAUUGCAGAUCUUGGACCAGCGCCUUUUAUCUGGAAAGCAGAGGGGAUGAAAUAUUUGGAGGUAUUGAUUAUAACACCUAUUAAUAAGAUAUUUGAUUUGAAUGUACAACCUUUAUUAUACUCUAUAAAGAAAGACCUUAGAAGCUGGUCAACCCUGCCUCUGUCCUUAUGGGCCUAAGUGCUGAUGAAGAACAUUCUCCCAAGAUUAUUUUUUGUAUUUUCUUCAUUUACUCUGUAUAUUGCAAAAUCUUAAUUUGAUAAUAUAAACAGAAUGUUCUCAUCUUUUUUGUGGAAGGAUAAAAAGCCUAAAAUUAAUUAAUCAUUACAGAGAUAGAAGGGGGUUUUGGAAUCCCAGAUGUGUAUUUGUACUAUCUUGCAUUUAACACCAGAUUCUUUUUUAUGUAGUUGGGAUUGGCUUCAGGAGGGCCUUGUAAAGGACACAAAUAAAUCAAUCUCAUUAUCAUCAGUAUGGUAUCCUGUUCCACCUACAAAGCUAGAUAAUAGUAUUCUUAAGUUCUCAUGUGACAUUAUUAAAAAAGGGCAUUAAAAAAAUUAAAAAGGUUUUGGCUUCCUGUCCAAUAUGGCACAAUACUAUUGUUAAAGCUGCAGGGAACCCGCUGUCAAACAACACUUUGCAGUGUAUCAAUAUUACAGAAAUUUGACAAAUUAUAGAGAAUGCUAAGAUUGAAUCCUUUAAGGAGCUUAGAAGGAGAUAUAACUUGACUAUGAAUGCAUUUUUGCCAUAUGCUCAAUUUAAAUACAUUUUCUCAAAACAUCAAUUUGGAAACAAAUCAGGAUCAAGUUUUGAAAUGUGCCUCAGCAUUGUAUAUCUUAUCUCCAAGUAAUACAGACUACUACUGUGCACAUGAAAUUUUGGGUUCCCCCCUUGGCACACUAUGAUAAUGAAAUUAUGAAACCCCUUUUUUUACUUUACUGUUGUCUUGGUUGUGAUUUUGCGAAUUUGUUGCUUUGGUUUGUGACUUGUUCUUCGUAUUGAUGCUAAAAGUGUAAAUUAAAACAAAAAGUGGCGUAGGGGAUCACUUUAAUGCACUAGGAUAUUUUCAUGGGCAUUCUCCACUGAUAUCUUUUUCUUAAUGGUGCCGACAGUUUUGUUUUGGAUAUUUUUGGGGGAACUCGGGAAUGUCACAAAUCAGUAUUAUUAUUCUAUGUAAGACAGUUUUGUUUUGGAUAUUUUUGGGGGAACUCGGAAAUGUCACAAAUCAGCAGUAUUAUUAUUCUAUGUAAGACUAUGGUUGAAUCUCAUUUUAGAAAUUUGAGCUUAAGAUCUUAAGCUGACUCCAUAAGAGGGAGGAUAACAGAGACAGAGGGUGCAUCAACAUGAGUGCCGUUUCAAGUGCCUGACAGCAUUAAACAUGAGAUUCCACCCUUUGUUUUGAGUUACAAUGCAUAAGUUCUUUGUAAAUGUAUAUUUUCUGAAUGUCAUAUAAAAGGGAAAUGUACUGUGUAAUGAACAAAUCUUUUAUUAUUAUUAUUAUUAUUAUUAUAUCACAUAAUCACUAAUUUCUUACUAAUAAAUGCAUUAAUCCAUUAAUUGUGUCACACUGAUUCAUGUCUCUUUCUUAUGGCCUUAUGUUAUGAAUACAUAAGGUCAUAUUAUCUUAAAGACCUGCACAAACAUGCAUGUGUUUCUUUUAUCCUGCUCUCAAGUUCUGUAUUCACUAACAUUUCAAGACAUAAUGGCUGCUAAAUUCUUUUGGCCUGAGGCUACACAGACUACAAUUUCCUGUUUAUUUGCAGGUCAUGUUUGCUGGUUGCUAAAGAGUUUGGGAAACUUAAAAUAAAUAAUUUGAGGCCAAGUAACACAACCUGUGCACUUCUCAGACUACAUGAGUUUGCAGGUUGCCAUCAUAUUCUGCAGAUGGAUUCCACUAAUUAAUUAAAUUCAAACCUGGAUUAAACUGUGGCCAAAGUCCUCUACAAACCUGAUUGUCACUUCUGUUGUUCCAAAUUAACUUCUAAUUAUAAGGUUUGGUAGUGGGAUUAAAUACAUCUCCUUCUCUAUUCACCACAAAAACACAGUGAACUUGUAUGUAAACAGAUAUUAAACACCUUUGUGUAAAGCUGUGCCAUCCACUAAGGCAGGCAUAACCACCAUUUAUGCAUUCUGCAGCUUUGUAACUGUCCUCACUAGUUUACUCAUCCCCUGUUGCUCUUCCUGCGAUUUCUUCCAUUGUUUUUUUGUUUACAUUUUUUUGGGGGGUUUUUAGGAGUUUUUCCUUAUCCGAAGGGUCUAAGAACAGAAGAUGUCACAUGUUUUACAGAUUGUAAAACGUACAUUUUUUCCAAUU